UCCAUUCUAUAUCAAGCAACCUAGUACAAACAAGCGAAACUACAAAUCAGUUUAGCCAACUCUGCCCCGCUCCCACCUCCCAACCGACGCUCUCCAAGCACCAUCUAAUCAUCAUGCAAACGCAAUUGCUGCCGGCAACUCGAGUCGGCAUUUGUGCGGUGGCGGUGGGUCCCCUCCACCCUCAUCGUCACCGACCACCUAUCACUCUCUCUAGUCCAAAGUUUCCCACUUCACUCAAAACUUUGAAACCGAAGCCUCUAUCUCCCCCCUUCGCUUCCUACGAUCCUCUCAAUGUUAAAAGAUUUAAGCUUUUUUUAAGCAAGGUCUCUUCUUCCUCAGUUUCACCGAGUUUUGCCUCCCCUAAUGAUGAUACUGACAAGGCAAAGCUCGCCCAGGUUUCGAAGAGGUUAGAAAGCACGUCGAGGUACUUUAAGCGAUUGGGCAAUUUUGGGUUUUGGGCACAGCUAGUAUGCACUGUGGUAUCAGCGGUGAUACUCUCAUUUUCUGUUGUUAUUACUGGGAAAAUCAAAUCACCUGCUACUUUUUAUGCUACUGCUGGUGGAAUUGUGGCUGCAUUCAUAUCAGUUUUUUGGUCGUUUGGGUAUAUUCGGCUUUCUGAGAAACUCAAAAGAACUGCUAAUGAUCCUUCAAAGGCUCCUCCUCGUGCUGAUGUUGUGAAAAGCUUGAAAAAUGGCAUAGUUCUGAAUCUUCUGGGAAUGGGUGCUGCUAUUCUUGGCAUGCAAGCAACAGUCGGCUCACUAGUCGCCAAGGCUCUUACUUCCUCCACAAAUCCUUAUUACCAAGGAAUUUCUCCUGGUUAUAGUCCAGUUCUUGCAUUGGAUGUAUUUUUGGUGCAGGCAUCAGCUAACACUAUCCUUUCUCAUUUUCUGGGGCUUGUGUUCUCACUGGAACUGUUGCGCUCAGUGACAUUACCUCCUUCAGACGGUAUUCCAAUUCCCAGGGUCGCAUAAAUUCUACUUUUCUUGGUAAAUAUCAUGAAUUUGAAGCUUCUGUUGGAACAUGAUUUUGUAGCCAUAAUUGUUGAAAUUCAGAAUAGUUUAAUUCCAUUUUACAAGCCGUUUGACAGGUGUUUCAAUUCUAAGAUCUGACAGCCCUUUUACAAAUAGUCUUUGGAUUUUUUUUAAUGAGUUGAUAUCAUGAAUUGUCCCUAAACUAGAGUCGAAUGUUCAAUGUGAUACUUAAACUUUAA